AAUAGAGCACGUUCGAGCAUUUAAAGGUGAAAUUCGGUUUUCGGGAAGAUUGGGGAAGGUUUUAUUUUCUAACGUUCCACCACAAGUUUCAUCGAGACUUUGGGAAUUUAAUGAAUUAAAAGAUAUUAUUAAAGAAAAAUGUGUUCGAACAAACUUUACUGAUAUUGCAACUCAUGAAGAAAUCCUUUAUAAUGGAUUUACUGAAGUACUUGGCAAUAAAGCAUACUACACGAGUCAGUAUUUUGAAAUUGACGCAGAUGCUAGAAAUUCGCCAUAUAAUGAAUAUAUCCCUGUAACCAUGUAUAUUAGUAUGAAUUAUGUUUCAUUAGAAAAAGUUAUGAUGCAAUGGAAUCAUUAA